GUUCUACCUGCCAAUGUCUUUUCUCACCUCGAACAGGAGUUUGAAACAUGGACCAUCCCUGCCCCUGAACGCCGAUACUGUUUUUUUGCUCCUUGCAGUAGGUUCCUUGGCUCUUCUCGAACUGGCCCUCGUCUCCACUGUCCAUCCUGCAACAACUCAACCUGCUCUGGGUGCAAGAAGGCCGCUCAUGCCGGUUUCUGUACACCCAACACGGAAUUUGCAGAGACCCUCAACAGCGUUGAUACUAACUUCUCACAGUGCCCUCAUUGUAACUACCUGCUCGAAAGGACACAAGGCUGCCCUCACAUUACCUGCAUUUGCUCAUACCAGUUUUGUUUGUUCUGCAAAUUUGACUGGGCAGUUUGUCAGGGUAAUUGUGAAGCCGCUAGACACGACAUUCAUCAGCUUCACGAGGCGUUUGUCCUUGAAGAA